AUGUGUAAGAAGUGUCCAACACAUGUGCGUGAAGAGCUACAAGAGUAUAUGCAGCAAAAGGCUUCAGCAAAGACCUUAGAUAAAUUGCCUGAUUAUGAGGAUGUUGAAAUUCUUGGCGAUGACGAAGAUGAAGAUGAUGUUGGGACAAUUCUUAGAGGCUCAAAAGGAAAUAGUAAGGUUCAAAAGAAGGCAAGGACAAAGGGUCCAAUAGAUUUAUAUUUUGCCAAAAGUGCUGCAAAUGCGGAUAUAGCUCGAUGGAUGUAUGAUGCAGCAAUUCCUUUUAAUACUGUCAAUUAUCCAAGUUUUCAAGUUAUGGUGGAGUCUACUGGACAAUUUGGGAUUGGUAUGAAAACACCUAGUUUUCAUGAGGUGCGGGUUCCCUUAUUGAAUGAAGAAGUUGUUGAGGUGAAGAAUUCAUUAAAGUCCUAUGAAGAAGAAUGGGCAAAAUAUGGUUGUUCUAUAAUGGCAGAUGGUUGGACUGAUAAGAAACAAAGGACUUUGAUUAAUUUCUUGGUGAAUUCUCGAAAGGGAACUGUUUUCAUGGAAUCUGUUGAUGUUUCAGAGUACUCAAAAACUGGUAAUAAGAUGUAUGAGCUGCUUAAUGGAUUUGUAGAGCGUGUUGGUGAGGCUAAUGUGAUUCAAGUUGUGACAGAUAAUGCUAACAAUCGUGUGCUUGCAGGGAAGUUGUUAGAAACAAAGUGCCCUCAUUUGUAUUGGACUCCUUGUGCUGCUCAUUGCCUAGAUUUGAUGCUAGAAGAUAUUGGAAAAAUUCCCAAAAUUCAUAACACAAUUAAAAGGGCAGUGACAUUGAAUGGAUAUAUUUACAUUCGUCCGGGUGUGGUGAAUAUGUUGCGGCACUUUACUGGUGAAAGAGAGCUAAUUAGGCCGGCUGUCACAAGAUUUGCAACUGCUUUUCUCACCCUUCAACGUAUACAUAAGCACAAGGAGAAUUUGAGAAAGAUGUUUACCUCAGAGGAAUGGACCAAAAGUAAGUGGGUAAAAGAACUGUCUGGUAAAAAAGUAUACAGUAUUGUCAUGAUGCCUACUUUUUGGACUAAUAUUGUUUAUAUCUUAAAGAUAUUUGGUCCAUUAAUUCGUGUGCUUAAAUUAGUUGAUGGUGAGAAAAUGCCUACAAUGGGAUAUAUUUAUGAGGCGAUGGAUAGGGCUAAAGAAGCAAUUGCAAAGUCAUUUGAUGAAAAUGAAGAAAAAUACAGGACAAUUUUUGAGAUUAUUGAUAAACGAUGGGAAAGCCAACUCCAUCGACCUUUGCACAUAGCUGGAUAUUAUUUGAAUCCUGAAUUUUUUUAUUCAAAUGAGAAAAUUAAUGAAGAUGUUGAGGUUGUUACCGGUUUAUACCAAGUUAUAGCAAGGUUGAUUCCAAGCAAAGAAGAGCAAGACAAAAUAAUGGCACAAUUACCUUUUUAUCAAAAUGCUAAAGGUAUCUUUGGGAUGGAUAUGGCAACUAGGAAUCGAAAGAAAGUAUCUCCAGCCACAUGGUGGCUAACUUAUGGAGCAAUAACUCCAAAUUUGAGAAAUUUUGCUGUUAAAUUGUUUAGUCUCACUUGUAGUGCAUCUGGUUGUGAGCGUAAUUGGAGCAUCUUUGAGCAUUUGAUGGGUCAAAUGGAGGAAGAGAUGGAUAGAGAUGAACUUGUUUUUGAAGAUGAUGAUUUGACAUGGAAUGUGGUUGCUGUAGCUACUGGAGCUGAAGAGAAUGCCUACAACACUAGAUUAAGCAAAGGGAAAAAUGUUGCAUCUACAUCACAGCAAAAAAGAAAAGCAUCAUCCACUCGUACUUCUUCACUUCUUGAAGACGAGGAAGAAAAUGAUGAUGAUGAAGAUGUUGAUUUGGAAGAUGAGUAUGAGGAGGAUAAUGAAGAUGAUGAAGAAGAUGAAGAGGAUUUGGAUAUUUCUAUUGAUGUGGAUUGA